UUUUGGAUCAGAAAUAUUUUGUUCAAUUGGGCUUAGAAUUUUUUUUAGAAAAAAAAAAGAGGGAGUACAUAUUUUGCACUCUCGUCUUCUCCUCGGGCGUACGAAGCACGCGAAAAUGGCACGGAGAGGAAGACCCAGAAAGCGAUUAAGCCGAAUGGACGCAGCAACUGAUGCCAUGACAGCUUUUGGCUUUGAUGAACGCCUCGUUCAGAAUUCAGUAAAACAACUUCUCAAGGAAUACGGUGGAGAUGAUGGGUGGGCCUUUAUUGAGGAAUAUGGCUACAAAGAACUCAUUGACGCUAUUCUUCGUGAUCAAGAGACCAAUGAUGAACAAAAGCAGGGCGUCUCCUCACAAGAUGAAAGAGCAAACGAUCCUGCUUUACAAAGCAUCCUUGGUCCCUCAGGCUCUCUUGUUUGUUCCAUAUGCAACGAAGCUGCUAAUACUGUAGGAGAAACAUCAUGCUCUGAGCUUGUCAAUGCAGUAGCACCAAUGCAUGUAGAGCUUUGCAGAAACAAACAAGACAUUAGCAGUCCUGAAGUAUUUUGUCGUCCUCUAGUUGAAGGAGAUGGAAAUACCUCGAAAGACGUAGCAGAAGACGAAAUCCCUACCCAGAAGGAGGUGAGUAAUGCUAUUUGCCGUGAUGGUGGGAAUUCCAGGAAUCAAGUGCAACCCGGGAGUUACUUUGAUGUUUUUGAUCGACCUCCAACUUCUUCCCGCUACCCAGUUAAUUAUCUGAAAUUGUGUUCUGGGAGUCAGGUGCAAUCAGAGAGUAACUUUCAUAUUUCUACUCCACCUCCAACUGCUUCACUAUGCCCAGUUAAUCAUCUCCCUGUCCCUGUUGAUCAUCACCCUACAGCUCUUCCUUCCUCGAAGGGUGCUUCCUCACAAGAUGAAAUAGCAGAAAACCCUGCUUUAGAAAGCACCACUGGUCCAUCAGGCACUCUUGUUGAUUCCACAUGUUAUAAAGCUGGCAAUACUGUAGGAGAAACAACAUGCUCUAAGCUUGUUGAUGCAGUAGGAGAACCAACACACGAAGAGCUUUGCAGCUACAAACAAGACAUUGGCAGUACUGGAGAUUCUGAAAGUGCAGAGGCUAGGUUCGAUCAAGCUGCUAAGUAUUGGAAACAGGCUAUAGCGCUUACCCCCGAAGUAUUAUGUCUCCCACCUGCUGAAGGAGAUGGACAUAGGUGUAAAGACAUACGGGAGGACCAAACCUCUAUCCAGAAGGGGAUAGGUAAUGUAUUUUUCAGUGAUGGUGGAGAUUCUGGGAGUCGAGCGCUGCAAGCUUCAGUUAAUAGUGUGCCUACCCCUGCUGAUCAUCUUCCAACAAAUCUUCCUUCCUCGAAGCGAGUUUUCCUUCAGCCACCAAGAAGGCGCUUUCCUUGUUAUGGCUGGAUCGGAAGUGAUAGUGAAGAGGAUGCUGAUGACUUCAUACAGUUGCCACAAAUGAUUUUACAUAGAGUUUAGUCAAUAAACAGUUGGGUUGUGGGGGCUUUUUGCUGCUAGUGUCUAGCCAGACUUCCCACUUUGUGGGAAUAAACUGGGUUUGUUGUUGUUGUUGUUGUCUAGCCGGACUUUUCAAUCACCAUGCUUAGUUCCUCUUCCAUUUAGUUUCUCUUUUCUUUAAGCAAAGUAUAGGCCGUACAUUAACUUGAAUGUAGUUCUGUGCUGUGUGUGGUGAACUUACUCAUCGAUACCAGAAUUCUUCAUUUUUCCUUGUGCAAGUUAUCUAGAACCUAUCCAAGUAGUAUGACAGGAAACUGUUGGUAGGGAAACCAAUUGAUGAAAAUUCACUCUAGAUUGGUUUUGCAAUUUAUUGUGCUUGCACAGUAUGGAUUUAUUAAAAUGCUCUAUGGGACUUCUGUACUA